CGCCGAUCCUUACAAUUAUUUCUUCCAAGCUGUGACGCCACGAUACUUAUCCGGAAACAUGAAAAACAAAUCCGACGAUCUCAACAAGCAGAAGCUGCCAAGUGUAGUGGAUCUGAACGUCGGUGGCAAACUGUACACGACACGGUUAUGCACUCUUCGACGCUAUCCGGAUUCGUUGCUGGCCGCCAUGUUUUCAGGAAAAUAUCGACUAGAUCAUGACGAGGCGUACCGCAUCUUCAUAGACAGGGACGGCGCGUAUUUUCAGUACAUUCUCAAUUGGUUACGGGACGAUGAACUGCCACCGGUAGGUGUCGCUGACGCGGUUCUCAAGGAAGCGCGAUUUUACGGUUUGCAAGCGUUGGUGACAGGACUACAAAGCUAUCCGCUCAUGUAUGCUGGAGUCGACGGUCUGCACAGUACCCUGUACGGCCAGAUGCGACAGAGUCAAGCACGAGGAUCUACAAUGCAAAACUACGUGCUGAUGCUGUCAGCAGCGUUGCUGGCCAUAUUGUUCUGUUUUGUCGGCUACGCAGUUUCUCAGGUCAAAGUUCACCUCAGCUCACUUUCAACACCGUGAACUGAGCAACAGCUGCCAUAUGUCAAAACAUCAGUGUUUCCUCGGUGGUUAACCUCGUCAUGUUUUGACAGUUCUAUUUAGUAUAUCCUAUACUUUACAACGAAGGAACUUGUGGGACAUUGACUGUGGGACAUUGACCGGAUCUGGCCUGGAGGUCAGCAUUUUCCCGCGCUACUGCCAGCAGUAGCUAUAAACCUAGCCCGACCAGGCUCUCCGACUGUUACACGCCACGUCGUACGCCAACGUAGUGUUCGUACGCAACGAAGCGAGAAGGGAACUUGUGGUUGUCUCGCACAGUCCUACAGCAAUUAAGGUCCGAAAGAAAUAAACAUAUAAACAAAAGAUUACAUUUCGACGAAUAACCUCCCAUUGCUUUCUCGGUGAGAAAUUAUGCGAAUUGUGUAGCAACCUGAACAUAAUUCUAACAGAGCGACUGCGCAUGCGCGGGUCCGGAUAAUUUUUCGACGGUUUUGUGCCUGGUGUAUUAAGUUUUUAUAUAUUUAUUGUAUAAAAUGUGGUAGGGUUUGGGUUAGAGUCAGAGCCAGGGUUAGGAUAAGGCUUAUGUCAGGACUAGAGUUAUCGUUACAUCAGUUGUGAUUUAUACCAUAACCAUUAGUGUUGCUGUUUAUUGCGGUUCAAAGCUACAAUUAUUAAUCAUUAAUCAUAUCAGGAGUGAAUAAUAAUAAUAUUCACUCCUGAUCAUAUGUAUAAAGCUAUUUCCGAGUUACCGGAGCCGACGUCACACAAGCCACAACCGGAAGAUAAAAUGCGUACGUGUGCGCACUAAAGGGCCCCGCACACGGUGCAUGAGGUUCGCGCCGGUAGGUUAAUGCCCCAAUGAAGAGGAUUUUCCUCGUCAUUGGUACGUUGUUUUCACAGACGAGCUCCGUUUCUAACAUGGCUCUGAUAAAAUCGGCAUAAUUAAACCAAGGAUUCGGCUAGAUAAGUAUGCUAAUGAUAUAACAAUUGUUCUUCGUGACAUCGACAGUUUAUCAUUAUAAUCCUUCAUAAUAUAUACGGAUUUUUUUAUAUAC